ACGGUCAUUUCUCUUCCUGGCGAUCUGGCCAGCAGGGGGGCAAAGUGUUGUACUUUUUAAUGUACUUAUAUAAAGCCACUUAAUAUGUUAAGUUUCAGUGAAACCUAAAACCAUCCCAGCCUGCGGAUAGAGAGUUUGGUUCAAAGGCAUUUCCAGUGAAAGGGGUGUUGCAGACUGACGGCGGUCCCGGGCAGGUCCUGCCGUUGCGUCGCCAAGAGUCCGGAGGCUGAGGUUUGUGUGGACAUUUCUGGGAAAACCUCCAAAGCUCACUCUUGCCAAGGAGAACCUGGGAAGAAGCACAGCCGCAUUUUCCUGUACAGCCUCAGCGCAGGUUUCCAGCGAGCUUCAGACUCAAAUUUCAUGCGUUUUUUGUCGGAGGUUUCUCCCUCCUGCGCUCAGAGGAUCGCCUCACAAUUUGCUGGGAAUAAAGACAAUGCCCCAGGAUUAAUUGGCUGAGUUAAUAAGUCAUUAUAGUGAAACGUAAGCUUGAGUGUAUAUUGGAGAUGUGACGAGAUCCAAAACUUUUCCAAAGACUUCUUUCAUUUUCCCCGGGGGUUGAGGAAUUACUUCAAAGUUGUGGAUGCUUGUAUCUGAGGUGAUCUAUACUCCUGGUCUCCUGGGAUUAUACCUGAAGACGGAAGCGUUAUUGAGAUGAAGUUCUGGAUGUAACUGUUGACGCGCUGCAAACUCUUCUUUUAUUCGCCGUGUGAGAAAUAAAGAGCAGACAGUGAAGUGGAUUUCCCCAGCGGAAGGCAUGCUCUGAAAUAGAUCCCUGUCAGACUCGCCUAUUAUGUGCCGACCCUGCACGCUGUGUGUCUUCAUCUGGAAUUAAUUGAUUAACAUCCUCAAAUGCGCUAAAGACGCGCCAGGAUCACGGGUCCACCACCGGAUCUUUAUCUGUCCCUCAGUGAGUGUUUAGCCUCCUACUUUAUCUCACAUCUCGCCAGAAUGAGGGCUUUUAUUCUCAGUUUAGCUCUGAUAUAUCUGUUAACCUGGACAGGCGAAGCCGACACACAGACCCAUCUCAGGCGGGUGCAACUGCACCGACGCCCAAGACUGGAACGUGUCCAGGUGGGCGCAUCGAGCAAGGAGCGCUUCAUCGGACGUAUGCGCCCUGGGUUUGGUUCGGCAAUCUCGGUGCACAGCCCCAGGCAGGGGGAAGAUGUACGGGCUAAUGAGAGUGUUACAGCCUCCGCCAGGACAGGGACUGUGCAGGGCAAGAGAGCAGGGGGACAAGGUCUGGUGCCAAGGAGAGGGGUGGUCGGACAGAUUGGUUUGCCCGCUCAGCUCGACAUGCAGCAAGAUGAGGGCACUCCAGGGGCGAGAGCCAGGGUCGCCCGGAUGCCCAGCAACGCAGGGUCACCGAAUCUGUUGGCCAGUUUCGCAGGGAAGAAUCGCGUUUUGGUGAUCUCUGCGCCUCAUGAUUCAGACGGCUACUACCGUCUGAUGAUGUCUCUUCUGAAGCCAGAUGUGUACUGCGAGCUCGCCGAGCGACACGUCCACCAGAUUGUCAUGUUUCACCAGGAGGGAGAGAUGGGGGGCAAGGUGAGGAGGAUCACCACGGAGGGGAAGGUGAUGGAGGAGCCGCUGGACACAGCACUCAUCCCCAGACUCAUGAGCUUCCUCAAAUUGGAGAAAGGUAAGUUUGGCAUGGUGCUGCUGAAGAAGACCCUGCAGGUGCAGGAGAGGUACCCAUACCCUGUGAGGCUGGAGGCCAUGUACGAGGUGAUUGACCAGUCGCCCAUGAGGAAGCUGGAGAAGCUUCGGCAGAAGGGCUUCGUCCAGAAGUGUAAAGGAGCAGGUGUGGAGGGUCAGGUGGAGGAGGGCACACUCACAGUCGACACACCUGUAGAAAGAAAACCAGGUAAGAAGAUCCUCAGGAAGCCUCCACCAACAACAACAACAACAACCACAGCAGCCACAACCACCACCACGACCACAACAACUACACAACCAACCACAACUACAACCACCACAACUACGACCCGGCCCACGACUACCACGACCAGAGCUACAACAACAACCACCAAACCCACCACUACCACUACCAGAAGAACCACCACCACCAAAAGACCCACCACCACUACUACCACCCAGAGACCAACCAGAGCCCAUACCACAGCCCUGUGGCUCCCAGCCCCCAGAACCACUGCUGAUCCUUACUACUACAACCGCAGAGAGAGGGAGAGGUACCCGGAGAGGUACCCGGCUAAAACCACCCCGGCUGGAGAUAACCGUACUGACAGGAACAGCAGAGAUCCACACAACCGCAAGCUGGUGCCUGCUACACAUAAACCUUCCAAGAUCAAACCCACCAAGAAGAAGAAUGGAGGAGAAAAGGUGUUGACUAAUGAGUACGAGGACAAGUAUGAGCUCAGCAAGCCAACAGUGGGUGAUCCUGAAGAGACAGAGACCUUCACUGACAUCAGUCCCACAAAGAAGGUCAAGGGCAAGCACAAUAAGCAUGACAAGAAGAAGAAAAAGAACGACAAGGCAGCCAAGAAAGCAGAAAGGAGAGGAAAGGCAGGGAAGGAUGGAAAGAAAAAUGGAAAGAAGCUGUUGAAGUACCCUGAGAAAGAGGACUACCCGAAGCCCACUAAGAAACCAUCGCCCCCUCCAAAGGGAUCUCUGGCCUCCUUCCUAGACUACUUUGAGAACAGGAGGCGGUUGCUGCUGAUUACGUCCCCCACUGAGGAGAACAGCAUGUAUGUUCAGCAGAAGGAUGAGUACUUGGAGUCCGUGUGUGAAAUGGCCAUCAGGAAAGUCUCCAUCAUCACCAUCUUUGGCUCCCUGAUCAACUCCACCAUGAAGAUUGACCACUACCAGCUAGAGAAUGACAAACCUAUGAAGGGUCUUCGUCAGGAGGACCUGGUGAACCAGGACCUGAUCACAGAGCUGAGGAAAGAGUUUAGCAUGACACACAACGACUUCUACAUGGUCCUCACUGACACUGACAUGAGAGUCAAGCAAUCCUAUGAGGUUCCCAUCGCCAUGAAGGCUGUUUUUGACUACAUCGACACCUUCUCCUCCCGCAUCCGAGAGAUGGAGCAGCAGAAGAGAGAUGGGGUUGUGUGUAAGAAAGAGGACAAGCCCAGAUCAUUGGAGAACUUCCUCUCCAGGUUCCGUUGGAGACGUCGCCUGUUCAUCAUCUCCGCCCCCAAUGACGAGGAGUGGGCCUAUCAGCAGCAGCUCUACGCCCUGACCAGCCAGGCCUGCAACCUGGGUCUGAGGCACAUCGCCAUCCUUAAGUUGGUUGGCACAGAACCACCAGAUAUGGGCGGAGUCUUGGAGCUGUAUCCUAUCAAUGGGACUGCUACUGUGGAACGUGAAGGACUGUCAGCCACCUUGGUCAAGGACAUGAGGAACUACUUCCAGAUCAGCCCAGAGUACUUCUCUAUGUUGCUAGUGGGGAAGGACGGCAACGUUAAGUCCUGGUACCCAUCACCUAUGUGGUCCAUGGCUAUUAUCUAUGACCUGGUGGACUCUAUGCAGCUGCGCAGACAGGAGAUGGCCAUUCAGCAGUCACUUGGCAUGCGUUGUCCUGAGGACGAGUAUGGUGGCUAUGGCUACCAUCAACAUGGAUAUGAACACGGUUACCAGGACGGCUAUCACCAGGGCUACGGUUACUAACUGGUAUGUGGAUGCGUGCUAACCAAGGAUGCUCCAGUUCAUUUCUCCAUCUGCCUUGCAGCUGUGGCUCGGCACUAUCAGUCCUCUUCCUCUGACUCAUACCUUUUUCAAUCUUUCUUGCCCAUCCUCCACCAGGCAGUUGUCACAGAUGGUUUGGUCCUUGAAUGUUUUGUAGCACUUAGUGGAAGCUUCUAAACUGUUGCUUUCACCUAUCCAGUUCUUAGGUAUACAGUAUAUAGCAUAGUAUGUUGCAAGUAAAGGUAAUUGCCAAGGGGCUUUAAUCAGAGCUGGUUAGUCAAUAAAUGUAUAGAUGAGCCUGGAGGUUCAGGGAUCCGUUGUGUACUUUAGUUUUUAUGUUUUAUGCAUUACUGACUUCAGUGUUUUGCACGUUGUUACAUUAUGUUUCCUUCACUUGCCUUCCAGGUCAAAUUAAAAUAAUCAUGUUAUCAGCACAGACCUUUAUUUUGUAGAUAAUGGGCUAUAAUAAGACAUAUAUGUAUUUAUUGGACAUCUGUUGCAUUUGAGGUGCAGUUAUUGACGAUUUCUCUUUUGUGAAGUUUCUGUUGCUAUACAAUGUUCUUAUUUAUACUCUAUUGUCCUAUAUGAGAAAUAAACAUUGUUUACUACCUUUGAA